AUGACGGCCAAGCCCCCCGCCCUCGAUGUCUCGGCCACGCACCUCGUCGCCACGCUGUUCUACAAGGCCGACACGCCAAACUUGUUCCAGCAUGCAGACUUGUCCCCACGCAGUCCCGGCGACGCCAUCCCAUCCGCCUCGCUCGAGUCGCUAAAAGACGGGGUCGUGCCUACCCAGGACCUUGCAGACUACCCGCUCGAGCCGCCGACUCCUGGGCCCAACGCUCUCGACAACCUCUACGGAAGCUACAUCAGCCAAAGCUGCCUCACAGACUUCUUCGCCACCCUCACCAGCGUCAUCGCCGGCCUGGAGCAGAGCACGAUAACGAGCACGAGGCUCGAGGCAAGCAAGCUCUGCAGGGUAGUCCAAGUCACCUUCCCGCUGCCCAGCGCUUCGCCCAUCGCGCUCGAGACCCUGCGGAGGCAUGAGGCUGUAUCGCGCUUCGAGCGCAAAUGGAACACCGAGUGCGUCUUCCAGCCAGACACGGUCCACCGCCGGUACAAGAGGCUGGCUGUCUUUGACAUGGACAGCACUCUGAUACAGCAGGAGGUCAUUGACGAAAUCGCCUCGCUCAUCGGCGUCGAGAAGGAGGUAUCCGCCAUCACCGCUGCCGCCAUGAACGGCGAGUUGGACUUUGAGGCUAGCCUGCGCGCACGAUGCAAGCUGUUGAAGGGCGUGCCAAGCACCGUCUUCGAGACGCUGAAGCCGCGCAUCACUCUGAACGAGGGCGUCAAGGAUCUCAUCACCGCUUUGAAGCGAUUAGGCUUCAAGACUGCCGUUCUCAGUGGAGGCUUCACUCCGCUGACGGGCUGGAUGGGCCAGCAACUCGGUCUCGACUACGCCUUUGCCAAUCAUCUCGUUGUUUCCCAUGACGGAGCCACGCUUACCGGCGAACUGACUGGCGAAAUUGUACACGCCCAGAAGAAACGCCAACACGUCCUGGAAAUUGCCGAGAAAGAAAACAUACUUCUCGACCAAGUUGUAUGCAUCGGCGACGGCGCCAACGACCUUCCCAUGAUGGGUGUGGCUGGUUUGGGUGUUGCCUUCCACGCAAAGCCAAAAGUGCAGAUGCAGGCUCCUGCUCGCCUAAACUCCAAGAGCAUGUUGGACGUCCUGUACCUCUUUGGUAUCUCCAAGGAGGAGCAAGAAGCACUAUUGCGAUAG